GCGUAUUUGCUACAGAGGCAUUACAUAUGUAUAGACUAAGUCAUAUAACAAGCUAUGAUCUGAGAUUGCAUUUUUCAUUUAUUACAUUCACCUUCCUGAAAUAUGGCAGGAUUUUUUGAAUGAUCUGAACUGGACUUAAUGUAGCAGAACUUAAUUAUAAAGCUGUGAAGAACUAAGUAAGAUGGUAAGAGGGUAUAUUUUGCAGAAUGGCUUCUAAUUCAGAUAUCAAAUACAGUUGACUCAAACAAUGCCCUGCGUUGGGGGGCUGGGGUGGGUAGUAGGGGCACCAACCCACCUCUCUCCGAAUUGAAAAUCCUCCUGUAACUUUUAACUCCCCUCAAAAUUUUACUAACAGUCUACUGUUAACUGGUAACAGAAACAGUUAACACAUAUUUUCUAUGUUACAUGUAUUAUAUACUGUAUUCUCACAAUAAAGUUACAGAAAAGAAAAUGUACAUCUACCUUACCUAUUAAAAAAAAUUUCAUAUAUGAGCAGACCCAUGCAGUUCAAACCCAUGUUCAAGAGUCAACUGUAUACGUGUUUUAAGUGUCUGCUUAACUUUGGCUAAGACUUGAGUUUUAAUGCUUAGGGUCCUUGACCUUUUAGUACUAUUAUGAAAACUUAUUUUACCCACUUGCUGAAGAUUUGAGCCAACAAAAGACAGGGCUAUGCAAUUAAGUCUCAGCAGCUUACUAACCAACUAGCUUGUGGAUAUAAACUUGUUUUCUUCAGACUUCUUUUGAGACAUCUAUCUGUAAUAGCUAUAAUUUCUUGAUUUGUAUUUCUAGUUUCACAUUGAAAAGGAAAAUUAGCUCCUCUUGCCUUCCUAAGUAUCAUGCGGACCUUUUGAAUAAUAAAUUGUGGCUCAUUUAUAACUUGCCUGUAUCUUAAUAUGAACAUUAAGAAAUUUUUUUGCACCUGUCCCAUUGAGUGUAGUCAAUACAGUGCCCUGGAACACAGCUGUCUUAGGAAUCUUUCAUAUAUCCAGUGAUUUUUUUUUUUUAAAGAUUUUAUUUGACAAGACACACACAAGCAGGGGGAGUGGGAGAGGGAGAAGCAGUCUUCCCGUCCAAGCAGGGAGCCUGAUGCCAGGCUCAAUCCCAGGACCCCUGGGACCAUGACUUGAGCUGAAGGCAGAAGCUUAACAACUGAACCACCCAGGCACCCCAUAUAUUCAGUAAUUUUAAGCAAUACGGUUGUACAUACAGUUAUUGCCAUAAAUUAUGGCUAAUUUACUUAAGCAAAUUCACGAUUACUUACCUUUUAAUUUUGAAGUGAGGCACUGCUAUAGAAAUAGCAAUUGCCAUUGCCAUCAAUACUAAUGACCAUGAUUUAAAUGAGAACUCAAUGACUUGAAGGUAUGUUAGUUGGUUAAAUUUUUAGUGGGUUUCUUUGUAUUUCAUGCCAUUAACAGUAGGGGCACCUGGGUGGCUCAGUGGGUUAAGCAUCUGCCUUCAGCUCAGGUCCUCCAUGGGGCUCCCUGCUCAGCAGGGAACCUGCUGCUCCCUCUCCCACUGCCCCUCCCCCCACCCAUAAGCUCUCGCUCUCACUCACUCAGAUAAAUAAAAUCUUAAAAAAAAAAUGUAACAAUAUUCCACCUCUAGCCUAAGGUGCUCUUUUACUCUUCACAUUGAAUCUAAUGUUUUAUAGGUGGGAGAAAUCAGGAAACUAGGAAGGGAAAAAGUAAUCAUUAAUGCAAGUUUAUAAUUUAUAUAAUUUGUUGAGAUUUAGCUUUGUGUCCAGUAGUGACAAAUUUGUAACUCCAUUAAGUCAUAAAUAGGUGCUGUAGUUUAGAGACCAUUAUUGAUGAGGGAGGUGGUUUCCGUCCAAUUAUGUAACCCCUCUGGUGGUUAAAUAAAAGCAUGUACAAACUGUGGCAGAUUAACCUCGAUGUAAAUAAAAGUCAGAAUAAAAUGGUUUCCAUCUGAUUAUGUAACCCCUUUGGUGGUUAAGUAAUGUACAAACUGUCGCAGACUAACCUCGAUGUAAAUAAAAAGCGUCCAUAAAUAAGAGUACCCGCUGCUGGUAGGCCGAGACCGUAAAUUUUCCUCACGCACUCUUCUCUAGUACUCGAGCAACUAGUUCCCUCUGAAAUAUUAUCUCGGAUGUGAAGAGAAUUGCUUCUCUAAAAAGGUCACUCGAAGGUGUGAAUGGAAGAGAGCGUACUCGGGGGUUCACGGUGUCCCCGCGACAGAUGCACGUUAAUGCACUUUCGAACUGGCACUGGGACCCCGCCUGGCGCAGGUGAGAGCGGGCGCAUCGGUGCGCCGCCGAGCUGCCGGCACGCGUCAGGGUCCCCUGGGCUCCAGUACAGGUGCUGUCCCGCCGGCGCGCAAGCGCACUGCCGCGCGGACGGGCUGGCGGAGGGGGGCGCCCGACGCGUCCAGCCGUUCGCAAGUGAGAAUUUAGGGGGCAGAUACCCUGCCUCUGCCUUUAGACAUAUUUUUCCGGGUUCGACCUCACAGACUCGCCCACCCGCCCUGCAAAAAUAACAUGUGAAUACCCUAUGUUCAGCCUCUUCACCGCCGCCGCCAUUUCCAGAAGUUUCCAGUCACAUCCACUGCCAUGGUCGCGACAAAAAGAGACUUCACAGCUCUCCAGCCCCGCAGCGUCAGCGGAGUCUGCGCUGCUUUCUUGCGCAUCCCUAGGUUCCCCCUCUGUUUUCGGGCCGAUGACGGCGGAGGGAGACGGCGAUACUGGGUGGGUGCGGGAAGAGCCGAGCAACUAGAGAGGAGUUCCGGCCUGCACCCCCGCCGCCUCUCACUUGGUACCUUCCGACUCCUCCGCCCCACGGCUCGGGAAGCUUCUCCAUAGAGUUGAAAAGAGCGGCGGGGUAGCGGGGAGGGGCCGGCGGAAGGGGCGGGCAGGCACUGGGGGCGGGGCGGUCACGCCGCCCGUCCCGUGCCCGCGGAGUCACGUGCCUGUGUCGCAGCCAAUCGCCGAGCGGCGCUGUCCUGGGAGCGAGGAGGCUGUGGUGAGAGACGGACGGAGACCGGAGAUGUUUUCAAGCCCGGCCUCCGCGGCGUUCGUGGCGGUUGCAGCGGCGACGAAGACAACGACAGCGACGGCAUCACCGAGGCACUCGUUCAGGGGGUAAACCCUCCUGCGCCGAUCGUGCCUCGGGUCCGUGAGGGUGAGGGGGGCGUGGCGACAGGCGAGGAGGAAGGAGGGGCGCGGUUUCGAGCCCCGUCCCCGGCGCUUGGGAGGAGACCCCUCAGUUCUGCGCUGCUCCCGUCCCCCCCUCCCCAGAGCAAGAUCCAGGAUGAGAAGACUGAUAAAAGAAGAAGCUAGCUGAACAGCUGUAAGAUGCCCAAAUCUGGGUUCACAAAACCAGUUCAGAGUGAAAAUUCUGACAGUGACAGCAAUAUGGUAGAAAAACCAUAUGGAAGAAAGAGUAAAGACAAGAUUGCAUCAUAUAGUAAAACUCCAAAAAUUGACCGAAGUGAUGUGGGCAAGGAGAUGAAAGAGAAAUCAUCCAUGAAACGUAAACUUCCUUUUACCAUUAGCCCAUCAAGAAAUGAAGAACGAGAUUCAGACACAGAUUCAGAUCCAGGACAUACAAGUGAAAAUUGGGGGGAGAGACUUAUAUCUUCUUACAGGACAUACUCAGAGAAAGAAGGUCCAGAAAAGAAGAAGACAAAAAAGGAAGCUGGAAAUAAGAAGUCCACACCAGUUAGCAUUCUUUUUGGUUAUCCACUCUCUGAGCGGAAGCAGAUGGCACUUCUCAUGCAGAUGACAGCAAGAGACAACAGUCCAGAUUCCACACCAAAUCAUCCAUCACAAACAACACCAGCCCAGAAGAAAACUCCCAGUUCCUCAUCUCGACAAAAAGAUAAAGUUAAUAAAAGAAAUGAACGUGGUGAAACUCCUUUACACAUGGCAGCUAUUCGAGGAGAUGUGAAACAAGUCAAAGAAUUAAUAAGUUUAGGGGCAAAUGUGAAUGUGAAAGAUUUUGCAGGCUGGACACCAUUGCAUGAAGCUUGCAACGUUGGAUAUUAUGAUGUUGCUAAGAUACUUAUAGCAGCUGGAGCAGAUGUUAAUACACAAGGAUUAGAUGAUGACACUCCACUCCAUGAUUCUGCUAGCAGUGGGCACAGAGAUAUAGUGAAACUGUUACUUCGUCAUGGUGGAAAUCCGUUUCAAGCUAAUAAGCACGGGGAGCGUCCGGUGGAUGUAGCAGAGACAGAGGAGUUGGAAUUGCUGCUAAAAAGAGAGGUGCCUUUAUCUGAUGAUGAUGAAAGUUACACAGAUUCUGAAGAGGCUCGGUCUGUAAAUCCUUCCAGUGUUGAUGAAAAUAUUGACUCUGAGACAGAGAAAGACUCUCUCAUCUGUGAAAGUAAACAGAUAAUUCCCAGUAAAGCACCUCUUCCAUCUGCUCUUGAUGAAUAUGAGUUCAAAGAUGAUGAUGAUGAAGAAAUAAAUAAAAUGAUUGAUGACAGACAUAUUCUUAGGAAAGAGCUACGAAAAGAGAAUGAAGCUGAAGUAGAAAAGAAUAGUUUAUUUACAAAACAGGAGAAAGCUUUCUAUCCCAAAUCAUUUAAAAGUAAAAAACAAAAGCCAUCUAGAGUUUUGUAUUCAAGUUCUGAAAGUUCAGAUGAAGAAAUUCUUCAGAAUAAAAAGGUUUCUGGUCCAUGUUCUGUCCCUGAAACAUCAAAUUCUGAUACACAAACCAAAAAGGAAUAUGGAGUUUCAAAUGAACACAAACAGAAAGGCAAAGUUAAAAGAAAAUUAAAGAACCAGAACAAAAAUAAAGAGAACCAAGAGCUGAAGCAAGAAAAAGAGGGGAAAGAAAAUACCAGAGUAACAAACUUGACAGUUAAUACUGCACUAGAUUGCUCAGAAAAGACCAGAGAGGAGGGGAAUUUUAGAAAAUCUUUUAGCCCAAAAGAUGAUACUUCGUUACAUUUAUUUCAUAUCUCCACAGGUAAAUCUCCUAAACAUUCUUGUGGACUAAGUGAAAAGCAGUCAACACCACUAAAACAAGAACAUACUAAAACAUGUUUAUCACCGGGAAGUUCUGAAAUGUCAUUACAGCCUGAUCUUGUUCGGUAUGAUAAUACAGAAUCGGAAUUCUUGCCAGAAAGUUCAAGUGUAAAAUCUUGUAAGCAUAAGGAAAAAAAUAAACAUCAGAAAGAUUUCCACUUAGAAUUUGGUGAAAAGUCAAAUGCCAAAGUAAAGGAUGAAGAUCAUAGUCCAACAUUUGAAAAUUCAGAUUGCACACUGAAAAAAAUGGAUAAAGAGGGUAAAACAUUAAAAAAGCAUAAAUUGAAACAUAAAGAGAGGGAAAAAGAAAAGCAUAAAAAAGAAAUUGAAGGUGAAAAGGAAAAAUACAAAAAUAGAGAUAGUGCUAAAGAGCUGCAGCGGAGUGUAGAAUUUGACAGAGAAUUUUGGAAAGAGAAUUUUUUUAAAAGUGAUGAGACUGAAGAUCUGUUUUUAAAUAUGGAACAUGAGUCCCUAACAGAAAAAAAAUCAAAAUUGGAAAAAAACAUAAAAGAUGAUAAAUCAACCAAGGAAAAGCAUGUUUCAAAAGAGAGGAAUUUCAAAGAAGAACGAGAGAGGAUUAAAAAGGAAAGUGAGAAAUCUUUCAGGGAAGAAAAAAAAGAUUUAAAAGAAGAAAGAGAGAACAUACCCAUAGAUAAAGAAACAGAAUGCAGUUCUUUAGGAACAAAUGCCAGUGAAGAAUCUAUAGGGUUACACUCAAUGGAAAAGGAAACAGAGAUGGAAAAACAAGAAAAGCAUAUAAAAGAAAAUAAGGAAAAAUCUGAGAGGCGGUUUCAAACUAAAGAAAAGGAUGUUGAGAAGACUGAAAGAAAAAAUUCUGAAAAAGAGAGGAAGAUCAAACAUGAGCAUAAGUCAGAGAAAGACAAGUUAGAUCUUACUGACUGUGUUGACAGAAUAAAAGAAAAAGACAAGCUGUAUUCACACCACACCGAGAGGUGCCAUAAAGAAGGCGAGAAGAUAAAAAAUAUGAACACCAUGAAAAAAACUGAUGACAGAGAGAAAAGUAGAGAAAAGAUGGAGAGAAAACAUGACAAGCCUGAAAAAGAGAGGCAUCUAGCAGAAAGCAAAGAAAAGCAUUUGAUAGAAAAAAAACCCAAACAAGCAGACAAUAGUGACUCUACUAAAUCAGAAAAAAGCAAAAGUAAAGAAAAAGACAGGGAGGUAGAUAAAAAGGAAAAAUCUAGAGAUAAAGAAGGCAUAAAUAUAACUAAUUCCAAACACUUCCAGGAAGAGAAGAAGUCAAGUAUAGCAGACAGUAGUAAAGCACAACAUGAGAAAACUUUAUCCCUUAAAGAAAAAACAAAAGAUGAACCUUUGAAAACCCCGGAUGGGAAAGAGAAAGAUAAAAAAGAUAAAGAUAUAGACAGAUACAAAGAACGAGACAAGCAUAAGGAUAAAAUUCAACUAAAUAGUUUACUCAAACUAAAAGCUGAAGCAGAUAAGCCUAAACUUAAGUCCUCACCAGCAUCAAAAGAUACUCGACCUAAAGAAAAGAGGUUAGUGAAUGAUGAUUUAAUGCAGACAAGUUUUGAACGAAUGCUAAGCCUUAAAGACCUAGAAAUAGAGCAGUGGCACAAAAAACAUAAAGAAAAAAUUAAGCAAAAAGAAAAGGAGCGGUUGAGAAAUCGUAAUUGUUUAGAACUUAAAGUAAAAGAUAAAGAAAAAAUAAAGCAUGCACUAGCUGAGUCCAAAAAUAAAGAACUUACUAGGUCAAAGAGUUCAGAGUUGACUGAUGCUUAUACCAAGGAGAAACAGUCUAAAGAUGCUGUAAGUAACAGAUCACAAUCUGUUGACACCAAAAAUGUAACAAAUUUAGGGAAGUCAUCUUUUGUUUCAGAUAAUAGUUUAAACAGAUCUCCUAGAUCAGAAAGUGAAAAGCCAGGUCUCAGCUCCAGAUCUGUAUCCAUGAUCUCAGUUGCUAGCUCAGAAGAUUCCUGCCAUACUACAGUGACGACCCCCAGGCCUCCAGUUGAGUAUGACUCUGACUUUAUGUUAGAGGGUUCAGAUUCCCAAAUGUCCUUUUCCCAGUCACCUUUUUUGCCAGUUGCCAAAUCUCCUGCCCUUCAUGAAAGGGAAUUAGAUAGCUUGGCUGAACUUCCAGAGCGGAUUAAACCACCAUAUACAAGCAGACUUCCAACAUCCCAUCUCCGAUCAUCUUCUGUAGAAGAUGUUAAACUAGUUAUAAAUGAGGGGAGACCAACUGUAGAAGUUCGAAGAUGUAGCAUGCCAUCUGUCAUUUGUGAACAUACAAAACAAUUCCAAACAAUAUCAGAAGAAAGCAGUCAAGGUGGCUUAGCUGUGCCAAGAGAUGUUUGUCCUUCUCCCAAAUCUGAGGUGUCCUUAAAUGUGUCUGAAAGAGAACUUUCAAAUAUGUCUAACAUACAUUCCAGUUUUGCAGCCUCUCCAACUAGAUCUGUAAGCAGCAAAUAUAUUUCAGCUGAUAUAAAUGUUAUCAAGAGUACUGCUCCAGUGGGCACUUUAAUGGACAGUCCUGUGCAUUUAGAACCAUCUAAUCAAGUUGGUGUGAUCCAAAAUAAAUCAUGGGAGAUACCUUUUGACAGACUGGAGUCAUUAAGCACCAGUGAUUUGAUCUGCCCAAAUUCUAGUACACCCGAUCAAGAUUCUUCUCUUCAGGGUUUUUGUAAUUCUGAAAACAAAAUACUGAAAGAACAGAACACUGAUUUUUUCCAGACUGAACUGCCAGGAAACUCUUGUGCUCAGGACCCGGUGUCCUUUCUGCCUUCACAACAACCUUGCUCUUUCCACAGCCAAUCACUUUCAGAUGCCGAAUCUCUUUCUAAACAUAUGUCUAUGUCAUAUGUUGCCAAUCAAGAGCCGGGUAUUUUACAACAGAAAAAUGCAGUUCAAAUUAUCAAUUCUGUUUUAGAUCCUGAUAAUGAAUCUACGAAAGAGAUGGAGAAUACUUUUGUCCUAACAGAUGUUCAAAAGGCAGAUGCCUUUGUCCCAGUGUACUCUGAAAGCACUGUUGAAGAAGCAUCACCAAAUUUUGAAAAGGUUAAUACUUUACCUGUAUUACCACCAGAAAAAGACUUUAGUGGAAGUGAUGCUUCUUCCCAGCUAAAUGCACAUUACACAUUUAGCAAACUAAUGUAUAAGUCUUCCAAUGGCCAUGAGGUUGAAAAUAGCACAUCUGAUAUUCAGGUUAUUUCACAUGAAAAAGAAAACAAACUGGAGAGUUUGGUCUUAACUCAUUUGAAUGAUAAAUGUGAGUCUGAUUUAUGUGAAAUGAGUACAGGCAUGCCAAAAGGAAACCUAAAUGAACAAGGUAAUCCAAAACAUUGCCCUGAAGGUGAAAAGUGUUUGCUUUCCAUUGAUGAUGAAGAAUCACAACAAAGCACUUUAUCAAGUGUGGAAAACCAUUUGCAACAAUCAGCUCAACCAGAGAUGCAUAAAUAUGGUCAAGUAGGUAAAGUAGAAUUAGAAGAAAAUGCUGAAGAUGAUAAAACUGAAAACCAAAUCCCUCAGAGGAUGACUAGAAACAAAGCAACUACAGUGACAAAUCAAAGCAAACAGAUUCUUGCUAGCUGUACACUAUUAUCAGAAAAAGACAGUGAAUCAUCAUCUCCUAGAGGAAGAAUAAGAUUGACUGAAGAAGAUGAUCCUCAGAUUCACCACCCACGGAAAAGGAAAGUGUCACGUGUACCUCAGCCUGUGCAAGUGAGUCCCUCUUUACUACAAGCAAAAGAGAAAACUCAGCAGUCUCUGGCGGCUGUUGUAGAUUCUCUGAAACUAGAUGAGAUUCAGCCAUACAGUUCAGAGAGAGCAAAUCCAUAUUUCGAAUACUUGCACAUACGGAAAAAAAUUGAAGAAAAGCGCAAAUUGUUAUGUAGUGUUAUUCCUCAAGCACCCCAGUAUUAUGAUGAAUAUGUGACAUUUAAUGGAUCAUACCUCCUGGAUGGAAACCCCUUAAGCAAGAUUUGCAUUCCCACAAUUACACCACCACCUUCCCUGUCAGAUCCACUUAAAGAGCUUUUUCGGCAACAGGAAGUUGUAAGAAUGAAACUACGUUUGCAACACAGUAUUGAAAGGGAAAAACUCAUUGUAUCCAAUGAACAGGAAGUUCUACGAGUUCAUUACAGAGCUGCAAGAACAUUGGCAAAUCAAACACUACCAUUUAGUGCGUGCACUGUGUUACUGGAUGCAGAAGUGUACAGUGUGCCACUGGACGCUCAGUCUGAUGACAGUAAAACUUCUGUGAGGGAUCGCUUUAAUGCAAGACAGUUCAUGUCUUGGUUACAAGAUGUGGAUGAUAAAUUUGACAAACUAAAGACCUGUCUUUUAAUGAGGCAACAACAUGAAGCUGCAGCUUUAAAUGCCGUCCAGAGAUUAGAAUGGCAGCUCAAACUCCAGGAACUUGAUCCUGCCACCUAUAAAUCUAUCAGCAUUUAUGAAAUCCAGGAGUUUUAUGUUCCCCUUGUUGAUGUUAAUGAUGACUUUGAAUUGACUCCUAUAUAGCAGCCAUUCCUUCCGGUGAUGUCGUCUUAAACUCAUGUGGCUCAAGAGUAUUAAACUGUGGAACACUGCCUUUUGAGAAAAAUACUGAUAUUAUGCCUUUACAGUUGUUAGUAAAGUUUGACUGAAGUUGGUUAUGUAGUAAACACUGUCAUUUUAUGAAAAAUGAAAAGAAUUAUUUUGGAUCCUAGAUCCAAACAGUUUCUAACUGAAAUCUAUUUAUAUUGGUGAGAGGUAACUAUGGCAUUAGAGCAUGUUGGCAAACUGUGGUAGAUAUUUUGAAAGCUGAGAAUCUGCUAACAGCACUGGAAGUUGUUAGCCCUCUUAAGUAACAAGAUAACCACUAGUAUUCAAAUCUUUCAAGUUUCAUUAAAAUAUAUUGGUAAACUAAAAGGUUCAAUUCCUACCAAAUAGUUUCUAAUGUGGAAGAAAAACUUGGCACAAAAUUUCUUCAGUUUAUUUUAUCUGUAAAUUAAUUGUACAGUUUUCUUUUCAAAGUUUUAAUAUUGUCUUCCUUUUUAAUAACUUAUUUUAUACAUAUUGUGCAGAUGUAAAUCUUGUAAUUAAUGGUCAAAAUGUAUACAAAGGGAUUGGUAGUCAAAACAUGUACAAAGAAAUAAUUGUAAAGCUGUUGUGUCUAAUGUUUUAUUGGACCAAAGUUGUGGUUUGUAUGGAGUGUACUAGUAAUGUGUUCAGGUAGCAAAACUUUCAAAUAAGGCAUGCAUGUGUUUGAGUUAGCUUGUUUUCAUUACCAUAACUGUAAAGGUUGUGACUUAGUUGUAUUGCAUGUUUCCUAUAAUUUAACUCUCUCCAUAGGCGAUGCCUAAAGUAGUGUAGGGUGUUUCAUGCCAGUCUCCUGGGAUAGUUCCUAUGACUCCACUAUGUUGGACAUAUUAUUUAGAAUUAGUCAUGCAAAGAAACAGCUCUUUUUUUCAUCUCACAGUGGAACCUAUUCCCCUUUCCCAAAAUGCCUUUGAAUGAAAAUUCUGAAAUUGUAAAUGUCUAUUUUAAUACUCAAGUAUGAAAGAAUCUGUGAAUAUAUGUAAAUAUGUUUAAUAAAUUUUAUUGGUCAUGUUAAAUCAUUGUAAAACUUUUUUACAUUGCUUAAAUAUAAUGUUUUAAGCUUAAUAACCUUUGCACUUUUAAAAUACAAACUGAGUACUGAAAUCAAAAAGAUAUUCGGUAGUCAAAAUAAGUACAAGAAACAGGCAUAUUCUGAUCAAUCUUCAAUAUUUAUGAAAAAUUGAUUAAUACGUAUUUUUUCCUUGUAUCAAGAUGCAAAACAUAAUUUUCAGAAUUUUAUAAUUAAGAUUUGGUAUGCUGUUUUUAAUAAAAUAAUUAGCAAUAUACUUAGAAAAAAUCCAGUUUCUCCUAUAACAUGAAGUAGAUUAAAUAUUCAGGAAUAUUUCAGGUCUGAAAUCUGCUAAACUUACUAAACAUUUUUGAAAGGAAAAUUAGGUUAUAUGUAAAAUUGAACAUAAGUAUAUGAGAUAAAAUUUAUAGAACUUUCCACAGUACUUUCUUGAAUUAUAAAAUAAUGCUGGAUAUUUUUUAUUCUGAUAGAGAAAAGUAAAAAGAAUAUAUGAGGAAUAAAGUGACUUAAACUCAGCAAGCAAGUUGGACAUCCCAGCUAAUGGGAGAGAAUGUAAAAAUUGGAAGUUUUGGAGUGCAAAGGUAUAUAUUAAGCUUAGGGAUUUUUGAAUUUUUACGUCAGUUUAUAUUUUAAUUCAUACUGUACUUGGCAUGCGCAAUAAAGCAGCACGUGUAAAAGAUACACAGUGCAAGGACUUUAUUAUAAUGGUUGGAUGUAGUGUUCUUUAGAAAUUUAGAUGAGAGACUUGAGCCUUUUUUAUUGGAUAAAUGGGGCCAAGAAAGGCAGGGUAGAUUUUGAAGCACUGGUUUUGUUGAAGUUAAGUUUAUUAAGGCUGGGAACAUUAAAAGCUAAUUUAUAAAAGCAAUACUUUUUAAUAUGGAAAAACUCAAUGCAAAUUUUGUUUAUACUUUCGCCUAAAGAUAAAAAACCAGAUUAUUGAACAUUGGAGUCAUAGAAAAAUAUGAGAGGGGUAAAUUAUACAGCAUUUUGUUCUGAGGGUCCAACUGGAAAAGGAGGGGAAAUCACUGUUUGGCCACACAGAACAAGCUGCAGAAGAGAAAAAGCAAGCAAGCAGGAAUCUGGCAUAUUUUAGUUGUCCCAGCUUUUUAAGUACUAACCCUAGUUCUCCCUCUUCAAUGGUACCUCAAGUUGCUGGAGCCUCUCUGCCAUGAUUCUGCUUCUGGAGAUUUCCUUUAGUAAAGUGACUCAAAGCCAAUCGGAUAGCCUAAAAGAAAAGUGAAUGCCUUCUCGGUGGAAUUUAUAUAUAAGUAGUUAAGAGCUUUUGAUAUUAAAGAUAUUCUAAAGCUCUGAAAUGCUAGGAAAAACCUUGGAAUGGGGUAUAUACCUAAAAAGAUUUAGGGUUCUGGAAGAGAAAUAAAGGAUGGUUAGUUUAAUCAGUGAUUUUUUUUUAACUAUUCAAAUAUCAUGAACAAGAUAUACUAAAUUGUACCUAAGGAUUUGUAUUUCUUUAAAUCUUGUUCUAAAUCAUAUCUGUUUAAUAAAUGACUAGUUGAUAUUUGUGCAUGUUAUUUAAUAAAGAGUUAUAUUUUUAUAGAAAAAAA